AUGCAUUUUUAUGUUUUAACAAGAAGAGAUAUGCGUUCAUAUGCAGUAAAUGGAGUUUUAUCAGUGAUGGCUGUUAGCGAUGUAAUUAUAAUGUUCUCAUAUCUCAUAUAUAUUCUACGAUUUCGUAUUUUUGAAACUGAAGAAUCUGAAUUUGGAUACAGGUACUGGUGGCUUGUUUACCUGGUGACGCAUGUCAUACUCAGUAUUGCAUUACAUACUGUCGGACUUUAUCUUUCUGUCAUAGUUGCUUAUAUUCGUUGGAUGGCUUUGGAGCGGUUAGACUCCAAAUGGUUGAGAACGCGACCGAUGGCCCUAUGUCGCCUGCGAGAUUUUGUUCUUAUUUUGGGCAUAAGGACGUCUCAACCUAAAAUGACUCCCAAGGAGCCGUAUGGUACACUUGCAUCAAAGCCAAAUAGUAUCAAAACCUCAUUUGCAUCUUUCAGAAAAUUGUUUUUCCUUAUAUUUGGAAUAAUUAUGGUACUCUCAAUACCGACCUUAUUAGUACACCAAAUAAUUCCUGUUGGAGAAUUUGUUUACGGUAAUCAUUCAGUGGUUCUCUACACAGUAGCGCUCGAUUCCCAUGCAACUGAGGAUUCUUGUCGUUUAUUUAAAGGGACGCUCUGGUUAACUGGCAUUAUAUUCAAGGUUAUUCCCUGUAUAUUGCUUUUGUGGUUCACAAUUGCAUUAAUGUUUCGGCUAAAUGAAAAGAGUAAGGCCCGAGCCUAUCUUCUAGGAAACAAGUUUCAAACCGACAAAACUACAACAAUUUUGAUAACGAUGUUAACUGUAUUUCUAUGCACCGAACUGCCGCAAGGUGCAUUGGCAAUAUUAAAUGCGAUUUAUACAUCCGAUGUUACCAACUAUAUCUACACAAAUGUUGGUGAAUGUAUGGAUUUGCUGUCGCUGAUUAACUGCAAUGUCGGUUUUAUACUUUAUAGCUGCAUGUCAUCACGGUAUCGUAGCACUUUCCGGAACACGAUUUUAAACCCGGCAUUUGCGGUGCUCUCCCGACUUUCGUCUAAAACGCUUUCCACACGUAGCUAA